CGCAUUGUGUGCGUGCUGGUUGCAGACGUUUCGAAAGUGAACUGGUUAGGGAUCAAUGGUUGCCUGGAUGUGAAACUCGUGUUCGCAGCCAUCUGUAAGGGCUGCAAGAUAGAUUGUAACUGAGGAGAGCUACGUGUCUGUGGGAGAAGAUUUACGGGAACUAGAGUCAACAAUCAGCUUUAGAGCGAGCGAGAGAGAUAGAUAGAGAGGGGAACCGCGUGGAUUCCCACUCGCAUCAAUUCAUCUCCAGGCUGUCCUGCUCACACCCUCGUCAGGCUACCACUCACUAACAUUAAACCUGCCGACCCAUCGUAAAAUAUAGACUUCGACGAUUUCGGGUCGCCAGCACAGCAAAGUCAGCAGCCCUAUCUUCUCUAAAUGGUCGUAAGAAAACAGAUGCGUGAGCAAUUGCCAUUCGAUUCUUUGUCAUUAGUCUUCUCCAGGGUUGGGAGUUUCCUCCCUGUUGCUUGCUUCCUAACUUGGGUCGCGGAUGUGCUAGUUGUGGUGAUCAUUAUGGCGAUGCAAUGAAUUUGGACGUGGUGAUUCGGAGCUCGACAUUCCUGUUCCUCAUUCUGGUGCAAUCCCUGGGCCAAUUUGGAUCCAGUGGUGACUUCUUUUGGGUGUGAUUGUGCAGUACUUUGGACCCCGUCUGCAAAUCUUGUUCAUUACUUCAAUCGAUUAUGCCUUUUCUAUUUGUAAACAUCGGUGCUGGGAAUUCUUUCCUGUGCUAUUGCCGCCUUCUUAGUUUCUGUACAGAACUUCUUUCAGAGGAAGCUUAUGUCCAUUUUAGACCAGGGAAAUUCACGAAAGUGCAGUGGUCCAAGCGGGUUCCAGAGUGUUGUCCUGAUCAUACUUGUGGUUAUUUCUUUGCGGAUCGCAUGUGUGCCCUUAGGUUUAUUUCCGUAAAUUGACUGGUGUCUUCUUUGUCAGCCGCCCUAAGACUUUACAAUCUAGGAAGUCACUAUGCAUGCUGAUGAAGGUGCAAACUUAUCAUGUUCAAACAAGCUCGGCAAUCACCAAGAUGUUUCAUGCUCGAGAACAGCAAAGUGGAUCUCAUUGCAGCCCAAACUCUCAGUUAACGUUCCUUGACUGAAUAUCAUAAGAGACUUGCGGUCUACAAUGUAAAUUGCUUUUAUUACCCAGCCUUGGGAACUUUGACUGCUUUCAGGAGUUGCAUUAUGACAUUGAGCUUGUGUAAAUAGCCAGUGCUCUAAAGGUGCCAACGCUAGACCUCUGCAGUAGUAUAUUCACGUCGCAUGAUUCUAGACCGAAUCCACUCAUUAAUUUGGUGAAAUACCGCCUGAGCUAACUCCGGUUUGAGGAAAGGAGAGCAAAGAUGUAAAUAGGAGCAUUUGAUUUGUUCCCAAAAUGUGGCUGGAGUUUGAUUAUAGCUUCUACAUCAGCUCACGAUCCUUCCGAGGGCUACUCGUAACAGGAUUGUCACCGAUACGUCUACAUCACGCGCUAAAGACAUCGUACUACGAACACAAUUUAUGAGUUCAUUUUCAAUAUUUGUAGAGGGGUAAUUGUGAAUGCACCAUGAAAUGCCGUGACGCAUCAGCAGAAGCUGAAUACAAGAUGGAGGACGUCGAGGUGACCCCUACAGAAGAGGGUGAGGAGCUGGGGGUUCAACAUUCUUUCGAAUGUGAUUUGGGAAUUUGUGGAGGUCGGCAAAAUGUGAAUCAUCUCCACAACCAGGAAUGCAGUACCAAAGUUUGCAGCCGCACAGCUGUGUGUCUCCAAGGGAAUGAUGGCUGUGCAGCAGAAGCUAGUGAGAUGGACACUACAGCGAAGGUGCAUCGCUCCCAGAUAGGUGUUGGAGAAGACGAUGCCUUGUCCGUAAAGAAAGACCAUAUUGAGUUGGGGAAAUCUUUUCAGAUGGCAGUAAGUGCACAUGACUGGGCUCUAGCUGAGAGUUACAUACCCCUGGCAGAUCCUCAAAGGCUCAACGAUGGCUUAUGUAUAGCCUUGGACUCCAUUUGGUUUUUAAGCACACCACAGGAAUUGGCGGCCGCAACACGUUUGAUUGAAAGGUUGAGUAUUGCUGGAGCCCAUGACUUCACACGGGCGGCGCUCCGUACUUCCUUUUUAGCUUCAUGCGUAUCAGCUUGUCGAUCGCGGACUAUGAGCCUGGCAGACACUGUUACUGUGAUGGCUCAAAGAUUACGAGAGAGACUGCAGGAAUGUAACGGCGAUGAAAUUUUGAAGGCGGAAGCUGCAGCUAAAGUCCAGAGAUUCACUGAAUGGGCUUUGAAAUGUAUUGGAUCACAUUCACGUGGAAAAGGAGCACAGCCUGGUUCACCCGGUGACAUGGGCAUGGAAAUUAUACACAGCUCAGCUGUAGAGUCACGUCUUCAGCUUAUGGCUUUCAAGAGAUUCUUGGAACUGGCAGGUUUUCGGCUGACGAGAAAAGAUUAUACAGAAGCUUUUGAUGCAGCUUGCUUUCCUCUCACUUUAUUCUCCAGUGCCAUUGAUCCUGGGUGGGCCACUGGUAUAGCAGCAAGUGCUAUGCAAGGGUUGCUUGGGCUUUUGGUUGAGGGUGGUGCAGACAAUGUGAACCAAUGCUUUUUGGAAGCCGCUAGGUUUGGAAGCACAGAGCUUGUACGAAUAUUGCUUCAGAUUGCACAAAGAAAUCUUGUGGAUUUAGACGUGGACUUGGCAUUGGGAUUUGCCUCCCAUUACUGUAAAAUUGGUACUAUGGAGUGCCUGGUUGAGGAUGGCAAAGCAGAUUCUUUUUUGGGACCUCUUAUGAGAGCUGCUGAGCGGGGUUGCAUGGAGGUUGUCCGUUGGUUUGUAGAAAAGGGUUGUAAAGACAUGGAAUUGUGUUUAGCUCUCACUGCUGCAGCCUCAAGCAGCCGCCUGGAAGUUGCCGCUUUUCUCCUGAGUCACGUUCCUCAUCAUGUCUUGCAGACUCUUAGCGCCGAGAUUCUUAAGGCAGCAGGUGAACGGUCUGGUGGAUCCCUUAAGGGCAUAGCUUUUCUGUUGCAAGCUGAUUUCUUGAACAACUCAGAGGCAACGUAUAGUAUAGCUGACAGCAUUGCAAAAUCAGAGGACGAAGCAAUCACUGUGGAACUACGAACCUUUUUACUGGAGGAAUGGUCGGAAGAGGCAUUCCUGAAGGGCCGUCUACUUGGUCAAGCUCACCAUCUCAAUGUCAUGCGUGCUCUGAAGAGGGGCUCCUCCCCUCUUCAUCUGCAGGAGCUUCCGUUGCAACUGCAAGUUACUGUGGCUUAUCUUCCCCUUUACAAAGAGUGUGUUGCUGCAAGUGGAGUGGUUCUCUCGCAGUGGCUGAGGGGCCAGCUUGUUGAAGCAGCUUUAAGGCUCAAUCAAGGUAAUCUACGCUCAACAGAGGAGGUGUUCCUGAAGUUAAGUAAGCACGAGCUUCUCUCAAUUCUGGAGUCUCGAUUGCCUGGGUUCUUACUAACUUCCGAAAGCUAGUGACGAAUUAUCAGCGUAGAUUAUCAAUUAUCGUAUUUGUGCCUGGUAUCUCUAUUGUAAUUAGAACCACGUUUGAUCCUUGGAGUAUUAUCGUCAUCACUUGUUCUUUGGACUCUCCUCGCAGUUGUUUAAGCUGUAAUUGUCAUGGAAAAUAUAGGAAACACCACGGCUCAGGAAUCUUCAUCAAGUAAAGUUUACUAUUCUCUAGAGGCUGAUGUUGGUUAUGGUCCUUGUAUUCAUUGCUAACUGGAUCAAGCUUUGAUUUUGUUCCA